UUCGAGGAGCUGCCGCACGACGGCACGUGUGACGAGUGCGAGCCCGACGAGGCUCCGGGGGCCGAGGAAGUGUGCCGAGAGUGCGCCUUCUGCUACUGCCACCGCCACGCCGAGGCGCACAGGCAGAAGUUCCCCAGCCACCACCUGGCCCAGUAUGUUCACGGCGCCGCCCAGGCCUGGACCGCCGGAACCCCGGCGCAGGGCGACGCCAAGGAAGAAGCCGAGGCCAAGGUGGAGAAUGAGCGGGACCUAGAGAGCGAGGUGGGGGAGGAGAGUGAGUCCGAGGACGACAGUGAAUCCGAAGAAGAGAGCGAGACGGAGGAAGAGAGUGAGGAUGAGAGCGAUGAAGAGAGUGAAGAGGACAGUGAGGAAGAAAUGGAGGAUGAGCAAGAGAGUGAAGCAGAGGAAGACAACCAAGAAGGAGAAUCUGAGGCUGAGGGAGAAACGGAGGCAGAAAGUGAAUUUGACCCAGAAAUAGAAAUGGAAGCAGAGAGAGUGGCCAAGAGGAAGUGUCCGGACCAUGGGCUCGAUUUGAGCACCUAUUGUCAGGAAGAUAAGCAGCUCAUCUGUGUCCUGUGCCCUGUCAUUGGGACUCACCAGGGCCACCAGCUCUCCACCCUAGACGAAGCCUUCGAAGAACUAAGAAGCAAAGACUCAGGAGGACUGAAGGCGGCAAUGAUAGAGUUGGUGGAGAGGUUGAAGUUCAAGAGCUCAGAUCCUAAAGUAACCCGGGACCAGAUGAAGGUAUUUAUACAGCAGGAAUUUAAGAAAGUUCAGAAAGUGAUUGCUGAUGAGGAGCAAAAGGCCCUUCAUCUAGUGGACAUCCAGGAAGCAAUGGCCACCGCUCAUGUGACUGAGAUACUGGCAGACAUCCAGUCCCACAUGGACAGGUUGAUGACUCAGAUGGCCCAAGCCAAGGAACAACUUGAUACCUCUAAUGAAUCAGCUGAGCCAAAGGCAGAGGGUGACGAGGAAGGACCCAGUUUGCCUGAGACAGAAGUUGAGAUGGAGCUUGCCAGGAAAAUGCCUAAGGUGGAAAGAACCAGAACUUCUCUCCCCAGACAGGUAAACAUGAGUUUACUCCCUGGCUUUUGUGGAGCCAGCAACUGCCAUCGCCUCUUCUAAAAGAGCCACUGUUCACCCAGUGGCAGGUGCAGGCCAACUGUUGUCAUGGCAACGGCAGG